AUGCGUCGCCCUGCUCCUAUCCGACGCAGAGCAGAUGCUCCUUCAUCCAGCAGAUCUACUCCCAGCAGUCUCAUUGACAAGAGGCUCAUUGAAGGAGCCCAGGUCUCACGCUUCUUCAGCAGACAGAAUAGGUCCGAGCCUAAUGAGCUAGAUCGUCCUGAACCACUUCCGUUCGCCCCCGAAGGAGACUUACAAUUAGAUGCAUUUGAUCUUGAGUUGCUUGCUCAGUCAGAGCAUCUGGCGAACGAUUCCAAGGCUGUGUCUGACGGCCCAUCGAGACGGGAUCCGCCUCAGGAGUCACAGUUCUUCCACGCUUCAGGUCCUCAUGUCACCCCUCGUCAACUCCUGGAUUCCAGUUCGUCUACCGAGUUUCGAUCUCCUUCUAGCCCUCUGACUAGGAUCCAAGCCGCGAGGAGUACACCGCUACGGGUUCACGAUGUUGAAAACCGCAGGGAACAAGAGACAUACCCACAUCUUUCAGAACCUGAGGAACCUGUCCCCUUCAGUACACAAGCGUCGGUGAGAGCUCACCAACAACUCCCGGCUCAAUUUCAGAACAUACCGAUGUCGAUUCGAGGCAUCGUCCUCGUGUCGACACAUGAACUCCCAGAUAACUACCGCUCCUUAUUCCACUUUCCCGUGUUCAACGCAGUCCAAUCAAAAUGCUUUCAAGCCAUAUACAAGACCGACGACAACGUCGUCCUCGCCGCCCCAACAGGAAGCGGCAAGACUGUCAUCAUGGAGUUGGCGAUCUGUCGCUUGCUAUAUAACCUGAAGGACGAACGCUUCAAAGUAAUCUACCAGGCGCCGACAAAGUCGUUGUGCUCCGAGCGAUUCCGCGAUUGGAGCAGAAAAUUCAGCACUCUCGGUCUGCAGUGUGCCGAACUGACCGGCGACACAGACCAAACGCAGCUGCGAAGCGUGCAAAAUAGCCAGAUCAUUAUCACCACCCCAGAGAAAUGGGACAGCAUGACCCGCAAAUGGAAGGACCAUGCGCGACUCAUGCAGCUCGUCAAGCUGUUCCUUAUCGAUGAGGUCCAUAUCCUCAAAGAGGCUCGCGGAGCGACCCUGGAAGCUGUCGUGUCGCGGAUGAAAACGAUCGGUUCGAACGUCCGUUUUGUCGCCCUCAGCGCGACUAUCCCAAAUUCGGAGGAUAUUGCGACCUGGCUUGGCAAGAAUGCAACAAACCAGCAUGUACCGGCGCAUCGGGAGCACUUCGGUGAGGAAUUUCGGCCCGUUAAGCUGCAGAAGUUCGUGUACGGGUAUCAGUCGUAUGGGAAUGAUUUUGCGUUCGAUAAGAUGUGUACCUCGAAGCUUUCGGAUAUCAUCGCGACACGCGCUUCCAUGAAGCCUAUCAUGGUCUUCUGCUGUACCAGAAACUCCUCAGUCGCAACGGCCAAGGAGCUUGCUCGUUUGUGGUCGAUGUCAAAUGCGCCUGCGAGGCUAUGGAAGGGACAGAACACGCCAAUGGAGACACACAACGCCGAUCUCAGAUCGACUAUCGCCUCUGGUGUCGCGUUUCACCACGCAGGCCUCGACCCAGGCGAUCGACAUGUCGUUGAGACUGGCUUCUUACAGGGCCAAAUUAGCAUUAUAUGCUGCACGUCAACCCUUGCUGUUGGUGUGAACCUCCCAUGUCACCUUGUCAUCAUCAAAGGGACAGCUGGAUGGCAGGAUGGCGGCUGCAAGGAGUACUCGGAUCUCGAGAUCAUGCAGAUGCUUGGCCGCGCGGGUCGACCCCAAUUCGAUGACAGCGCUGUAGCUGUGAUAAUGACACGAAAGGAACGUGUGAGCCACUACGAGAAGCUCAUUUUCGGCUCCGAAAGCCUCGAAAGUUGUCUGCAUCUCAACUUGAUCGACCACUUGAACGCUGAGAUCGGACUAGGAAACGUCACGGAUGUGGAAUCCGCCAUUAGAUGGCUCGGGGGCACCUUCUUGUUUGUGCGCCUCAGAAGGAACCCGACGUACUACCAACUGAAAGAGGGGGCCAACAGGGAUGACGAGGAUGAGAUGCUCCGGCAGACCUGCGAGAAGGACAUCAAAUUCUUGCAGGAAUGCGGUCUCGUCUCCGAGGGACGACUCAAGUCGACGCAGUUUGGCGAUGCCAUGGCGCGGUAUUACGUCCGGUUUGAAACGAUGAAGAAUUUCCUCACGCUGAAAGCCCGAGCGACCAUAUCUGAGAUUCUUUCCGUGAUCUGCCAGGCAGAGGAAUUCCGCGAAGUUCGGCUCAAGGCAGGCGAAAAAUCGUUGUAUAAGGAACUAAACCGUGCCAAUGGCAUUCGAUUCCCACUGAAGGUCGACAUUGGUCUCUCAUCUCACAAGAUAUCACUCCUCCUGCAAUCGGAACUAGGGGCAGUUGACUUCCCUGACGGGGAGCAGUUCCAGAAACACAAAUUCGCCUUCCAACAGGACAAGAACAUCGUGUUCUCUCAUGUGAACAGACUCAUUCGCUGCAUCAUUGACUGUCAGAUCUGUCUUGAGGACUCGAUCGCUGUCCGCAACGCGCUGGAACUUGCACGGAGCUUCGCCGCAAAGGUCUGGGACAACUCCCCGCUUCAAAUGAAGCAGAUUGAACAGAUUGGCGUGGUUGCGGUUAGAAAAUUCGCCGCGGCGGGAAUUACGAGCAUCGAGCAGCUGGAGAGCAGGGAGGCCCACGAAAUCGACAUGAUCUUGAGUAAGAACCCGCCAUUUGGUGUAACUCGAGGGCCUCCGCUAAAUGUUCAGCAGGAUAUCAAGCCGGGAAAUCCGAUAAAGAUCCGUUUCAAAGCAGAAAUUGCGUUCAUGAAUGAGAAGUGCCCUUCGUAUUUUCAGAGACGUCCGGUUUACGUUUGUUUCCUCGCUGAGACCUCAGAUGGCCGUAUGAUCGAUUUUCGACGUAUCAGUGGAAACAAGCUUCAGAAUGGGCAUGAGAUACUGCUCAGUGCAGAGAUGAAGGCCAACGACCAACAUAUCAUAUGCCAUGCCAUGUGUGAUGAUAUUGCUGGAACGCUGAGAUCUGCGCAGAUCAAGCCAGACCUGCCAGCCAUCCAUUUCCCACAUCGUCCAGAGACAACAGAAAGCGGAAAAGGGCAAAGGUACUUGAUGAACAGCGGAAGGCCCCGGAGUAAUGAGUCCUUCCAAGGAAAAUCGAGCCUUUGCCAGAGGAAAGACAGUUUCGAUACCGAUGACUUAUUCUUCGAAGAAUUCUUCGAUCUUGAACAAGCCCCCGAUUGGACGGUCGCGGACAGCUCGACAAAAGACGGGCCUGGCAAAUGCGCAAAAGCACAUCCGGAACCUGUCAUUCACUCUCCAGAGGCACCCAAGGAAAACAAGUGUGUUGAAGAAAUCGGGGAAGCAACUCGCCUUGAAAACGGCAGAUGGACCUGCAACCACAAGUGCAAGGACAAAACAACAGACUACCGUUAUGAAGCCCCUGGCCUAAAGCACAACACGAAGGAAAAGAACACUGAGAAAGCCCAUGAGCACACAAAACGCACCUUGAAAGAUAGCGACAGGAAGCCUGAGUUCAUCUACGACUCGGACACCCCAGAAGAGUUUGUGAAGGGUUCCAGCGACUAUGGUGAAGAUAGCUUUAGUGACUUCCCUUCACCUUCUGCCCUGCUUUCAGGCACCCAGGUCAUAUCUCAAGUCCAUGUGGAUCAACCGAAAGACAACAGGUCAGAUGAUAUCGGUGACAUGAUUGGCGACCGGGCUAGGACAAAUGGUUUCAAGUCUCCUUCAACGUACGACGCAGAGAGAGGCAUUGUUGAUUCAUCAAAGACGGGAAUAGCCAAGACAAAGGUACAAGCAUCGACGGAUCUCACGCCUGAAUCACGCCACGAGAAAGCGGCUGCUGAUCCCAAGAGCGACGUAUGGAAAGUGAACUCACCCGUCACCCCUGGACCCCUUGAACGAAAGAGGAAGUCUUCCAUGACGUAUUUGAGUGAGAAGAUAAACUGUCCGGCAGAGAAGCAACUGAAGAGAAACCAAGAAGAGGACGUGCACGACCCAUCCGCUGGACCAACUUGCGAUUCCCAGCCUUACCUGCAGGGGACUCCUAACCUGAUGCCAAAGGACUGGGAGAACAUCGAUCCGGAUUUGCUGAAUGAGUUUAAAGACAUUGUUAACUUCUUCUAA